AGUCCCGGGCGGCCUGCGGCUGCGUCCUCUGCUAGGCGCUGCGAGACACCCCAGUGUGAAGAUUGCUCCUGGAACAGUUGUAUGUGUAGAAAGUGAAAUCAGAGGAGAUGUAACUAUCGGACCCAGGAUGGUGAUCCACCCUAAAGCACGAAUUAUUGCAGAAGCUGGGCCAAUAGUGAUUGGUGAAGGUAACCUAAUAGAAGAACAGGCCCUUAUCAUAAAUGCUCACCUGGAUAAUAUCACUCCUGACACUGAAGACCUGGAACCCAAACCUAUGAUCAUUGGUACCAAUAACGUGUUUGAAGUUGGCUGUUAUUCCCAAGCCAUGAAAAUAGGAGAUAAUAAUGUCAUUGAAUCAAAAGCAUAUGUAGGCAGAAAUGUAAUAUUGACAAGUGGUUGCAUCAUUGGGGCUUGUUGUAACUUAAAUACCUUUGAAAUCAUCCCUGAGAACACGGUGAUCUACGGUGCAGACUGCCUUCGUCGGGUGCAGACUGAACGACCACAGCCUCAGACACUACAGCUGGAUUUCUUGAUGCGAAACUUGGUUUCUAUCGGAUCAAUUAGUGAUGAGUCUGUCUGCAUCGUCCUUACCACUGGGAAUAGGAGCACUGGCAAAUCUGGAGCAAACAUCCAUCCAUCUCCACAGGAGGUCGUCGAUGAGGAGACAGAUGCACCUCCCGCCUGUUCUGCUUCAUACAUUGUGCACUUCAAUCGACUAUGCUUCAUUUAA